GUUUGUGGGUUUGGUGCCGGGAGUACCGGGAGGAGGGACGGGGGAGGCGCAUGGCAGGGAGGGAGCCCUAUAUGCUGCUCCUCCGCUCAGCCACGCUCCAGACAGGCCACCGCUUCGCAGCGAGCCCGGGAAUCCUCCCUCCGCCAGGAGUUGCAGUUCGUCUCCGAUCCCCUUGGGAUUUAAACCUUCUUGCAUAUAUAUAUAUAUAUAUAUAUUUUUUUUUUCUUUCCUUCCUUCCUCCUCCUCCUCUCUUUUUCUCCCGUACAAAGUGGGGAAGGAGCUGCACCGAGGCAGCCCGCGAGAUCUUGCAAUAUUGCUCCGAUUUAUCACUGCAAUUACUCAUAAUUAAUUACCAUUUUUAACCUUCCCCCAAGCCGGGGAGGGAAGCGGGACCAUUCUCGGCAAGAGAACCGUUUGCACCCGUACCAAUAAAGAUUUUUUUUUUCAUUUUUUUUUCCCUUUUUGCUAAAGGGGGAGAGGGUGGAGGGCAGCCCGGCAGGGGAAAGGGGGGGGGCAAGAAGCCGGCAAAUCGAGCAGCCCAUCAGUCCCGGCGCUGAGCCGGAGGCCGGGGAGGCGGGCCCCAGCGCCGCCCGCCGCCAGGGGGGCGAGCCGCCCCAGCCAGGUGAUGGGCGUUUCGGCUGCGCUCCGGAUCGACUCCUUGGGUUUCACUUUGGUCUGAUCUAAGCAAAUAUGCAGAAGUACCGGCUGGUCUAGUCCUAAGAGCCAAGAGGAGCGAGCGAGAGCAGCAGCAAGGAGAGCGUGGCCACGCUCCCGUAGCGAGGGGAACCUACAAACAGCGGCAGCACCGUAAUUAAAACCCCCGCCGCCCCGAGGCAAGCCCCGACCCUAAGCCUGGAUGCGGAGGACCCCCGAGCCACCCCGCUGCCUUUCCCCUGAGGGAUGGUACUGAAUUUCUGCGCGGCAGGAGCCGGCCUGCAGCUCCUCUCCAUCGGCGUUGCCUUCCCUCCGUGUCUAAAGUGCACCAGACCGCGAUGAGGACCUGGGCUUGCGUUUUGCUGAUAGGUUUUGGCUACCUGUCCUUCACCUUCUGCGAGGAGGCCGAGAUCCCGCAAGAGCUGAUCGAGCGGCUGGCGCACAGCGAGAUCCACAGCAUCCGCGACUUGCAGCGCCUCCUGGAGAUUGACUCCGUAGGAUAUGAUGAUGUUUCAGAAACAAACUUGAGGUCUUACAGUGUUCAUUCUGCUAAACAUGUGCAAGAGAAUCGUCCUGUGCCCAUUCGCAGAAAAAGAAGCAUUGAGGAAGCCAUCCCGGCUGUCUGCAAAACACGGACGGUUAUAUAUGAGAUACCUCGGAGUCAGAUUGAUCCCACCUCGGCCAACUUCCUGAUAUGGCCACCUUGCGUGGAGGUGAAACGUUGCACUGGCUGCUGCAAUACCAGCAGCGUGAAAUGCCAGCCCUCGCGGAUACAUCACAGAAGUGUCAAGGUGGCAAAAGUGGAAUAUAUUAGAAAAAAGCCAAAAUUAAAAGAAGUUCUGGUGAGAUUAGAAGAGCAUAUGGAAUGCACCUGUACAUCAUCAAAUACUAAUUCAGAUUAUAGAGAAGAAGAAACUGGCGAGACCGAAGCAUGGAGAAAUGACUGUGCAAGGUCACACAGCAAGGCUAUGGCAGAACCAGGGAUAGGACUCAGAUCUGAGUGCUCAUCCAGUGCCCUAAAUCACACGACCAUCUUCCCUUUCCAGGAAUGAAUCCUUGCACCCUUAGAGCUAAAUACUGAAAAGAUUAAGGAAAGGUGAUGCUGGUUUAAGCUGAAGACCAGGAAAGUUAUAAGAGGCCAGAUUUUCUGCUCUGAGCCCUGCCCUGCUGGAGCCUGAUGCCCAGCUGUGCCUGCUGUGUGGAGCCAGAGAAGGAGGGAGAGAUGCUGCAGCACUUCAAGGAAGCCAAUAUAUGCCUCCUCGUGCUUGAAAGGUCCUGCCUGAAGAUGCAUCCUCCCUGGCUGCCACCAAGCCCUGCAGUUUCCCCCUUCUCCCCUUGUCUAGAGGACCCUUGUCUCCUGAUGCUGACAUGUACCUCGUGCAGGGGAAGGUCUCAUAUUGCAAGAUAUGGUUGAGGAGAGGUGGUAUCUACUUAGCAGCAAGAUUCCCAUGGAAACUGAGGGCUCUGUGCUCACGCACUUGGGAGGGAAGACUCUUCCUGGUCCAAAUUCACCCAUAGUAAAUUGAGCUGCUCAGAGGUUUCAUUGGAGCAAGGAAGCUACUAAAAUAUGUCUUCAGGAUCUGAAUUCUCUCCCUUGACUGCAAUGGGUUUCCAAAAAAAAAAAAAAAGAAAAGAAAAAAAAAAGUGACAGAAGCAAUUUAUCACAGUUACAAUGGUUUCUUCAACAAGCCAUGUAUAAGUCCUGCAGGUUAAUGCUCAGCUUGUGCAUUUUACUGAUGACCACAAAUGCUGCUUUUAAAUCAUGUUGUUACAAUUUGUUCAGGGAUGUCUGUUUCUCUAAGGUGCACUUCAGAAUGGUUUGCCUAACAGCUUGUAUCCAUUUGUUGUGAAGAGUCUGCUGGCCAAACCAAAACGGUUAGGCCCUGUCUGCAUAUCUAAUAGAGGUCUGGAGAUCUAGCAGCUAGAAAGUAAAAGUGUUUCCCAUUAGCUCCCUGCAUUCCCCUAAGUUGUGAUUCAGCAAGGUACUCAGUGGAAAGCUGAACCUGAAGCGUGUGAGAUGUUUCUUUGAAGUUACUCAUGCUGCAAGUUAGGCAUGAUCUGAGUUGGCUUGCUGAACUGAGGGCCUGAAUAGCCUGCUGUGGUAACAGUGUAAAUUUGAUGUUUUCCUUUUGUGCAUUGCUCGGAGUGAUGCUAGUUUCAGAAACAGUCUGCAAGCCUUUAGGAAACUAUACCAUAGUACUGAAGGAAAGCCUUAACUUUUCAGUGGCUUUCUGUCAGCAACACUGCUACAGUAGAAAGCCCGUAGCAAUGGCUGCCCUCUCUGGGCCUCUGAGGUCUCUCCUUUCCUUAUUUUCUUCAGCAUGUUUCUCUUCUAGGGCUAGUGAAAAAAAAACACCUUAAAAAUAGUACCUUAAAAAGGUGGGAAAUUAAGCAGAUCAUAUUAUCUUGAUUCCUUUAUCUAACUUAAUUAAGGAGAAGUUUGCCAAUAGUGAUCUGGUAUUUCCUAAAACAAGCAUACAUGAAGAACACUUUAAGUGACUUCAAAAGAAUUUGCAGACUAGAUCAGGAAAAGAUAAAACCAGAAGUGGAAACUUCUAAUACACUUUAUAGCUCAUUAUUUACAAGAAAUACAUUGUUGCACAGGAUACUAAUGAAUUUUGCAGGAUGGAGUUUCAAAAAAAAAAAAAAAAAAAGGUACCUUUUCUACCUUAGAAGAAAAGUCUUGGAUCUUUUAAAAGUAUGAUAGACACACUGUGGCUGUUAAGAUUCUACCUCUGUGAAAAGGCUUUCUAAAGUUUCAAAUGUCUACACUGUUGAAUUUCUGUAGCAACAUCCUGGAUGAGCUGCUGAAAAGUGGUAAAGGCAAUGGUAGAUUUCUUGUGUUGGUUUCAGUUGUCUUGUUCUACACCCCAGAAGGCAGAAUACUGCCUUGCAUAUCUGCAACUGCAGGGAGAACAGCAGAAUCACAUUUGAAUGUGUAAGGAUGAAUGUGGUGAAGUUGGUGCUGAUGUUCUCCAUUAGCUAGCAAGGCCAGGAAAGUCAGGGAAGCAGCAUAGAUACUCAGAUUUACCAGUGACACUUGCCUGGAAAAUUAAUAUUUGCCUGAUUCCUAACUAUCUUGUUUGAAGAAAUAAUCCUAAAAAUCUGUUUCUGGAUAAGAGCCCAAAUCCCAAGCUACUGGAUUUUCUGCUAGUGAUUUGCUGCUCCUCUAGGCCUCAGAGAUACUGUGACACAGAAGUAUUUCACGGAGAUCCUGUGGAUGACAAACAGGAUAGUGUCACACGAUUUAAAUUGUUCCCUGGUGUAAACAAGCCCCUCAGUGGUGACUAGAGAGCUGAGGGGUUGUGCCCUGGCUCAUCUCGUGGUUUCAAGUGCCGAAGUGCUGUCCCCAAGGUAACAGCAGCUGGUGUGGGGAAUAUCCCCCACAGGGGAUAUUUCACUUGUACUGCACUCACAUUGCAAGGGCAGCUUUACUGGAGGUUCAAACAUACUUCAGGCAGCAGGGCAUUUGCAUCAGGACUGAAACAUCCAGGCAGUGAAGCUUGAGCAUUUUUUUUCUUAAAUGCAGGCUAAAUAUUUAAAUAUUAGGUUAGCUGCUCUUUCUAUCUUUAGGCACUAAGAUACCUCUAAACUUGUGGCUGCUGGAAGGUCGUCUUAUUGAAAACCAAGAAGCAUUUGCCCUUGUAAAAAUUUCUACUCAUGUUUGAAAGUGAGGUUUAGGCUCCUAAGUCAUGAAAAGGCUUUUGCAAAUGUUUGUAUUUGUCUUCUUGUUUCCCUAUAGAUCAACCUGCUUGGCCUGAACUGAAUGUAUUAAUAAUAAACAGCUGAAAGACAGUCUGAUUGCUUCUUUUUGAGUGUUUCCCUUAUGGAGUGCUUGGGGUCACAUGGCAUCUGCUAUGACCUUAAGGACCUGCUUUCUGGAGGCUUUUUUAAGAUGCUAACAAACCCCUCAUUUUAACUAGCCAUCAAACGAGCCAGUCAGUGGUAACCAUUCAGGAGAGGCAUUAGGAGAGUGUUCUUGCUGGGAUACAAGAUGGCUCUGUCCAUGUGCUGGCCAGGGAUGAAGGGCUGGAAAAAUGUGUGGUGGAAGAGACUAUUAAUCUGAUUUUCCACAACUUUCCUUGCAGCUGCAUUUUUGAGGAGAGAGAGAGAGAUGGCUAGGCUUGCAGUAACAUGUUGUGCCGUCAUAAAUGCUACAGCCACCAUCUGUUUCCAGCCCACGACUUGAAAGAAAACUGAGCAGUAAUCUCAUAAUUCACAUGAGCAUUUUACACUUGUGAACCCUUCCCAACCUUUGUCUAAUAAUGAGGGGAGUGCAUGGUGCUAAGGUUUGUAUUUUUCCUGCACAUGUUAUUGUUUAUUUGUAUGUCUCUUUAUGUUUAUUUUAUUUUAUUUUUUUUCCAUGGGCCCAUAAUAAAAAAUUCUCUGGGAGGAAAAUCAGACCAGUUCUGCAGUCAAAAGAAAUAUAAUGACGGUGAAAUCCCAAUUCCAUUGACCUUGCUGGCAAAAUUAUCUGGGAGGAGGUGCAUUUAACAUUCCUUGCUGUGUCUGUUUUAGCUAAUUGUUGAUUAAAAGAAAGACAUUAGAAAGUGAAGAGUCAGGUUGCUGGACUGCCCUUUCCCUGCAGAAACACCACUGCUAGAAUAGCUGGACAUGCGCAUUUGAAACCUGUACCAUCAGAUAGGAUGGUAAUGGUAGGUUGGAUUUUAAUGAAAACAAAUUCUUCUGCUAAUCUUGGCUUCGGGCUGGCCCUCCGUGGGAUUAAGGAUACCACCUGCUGUGCCAAAGACAUGCUCAGGUUCGAGGCUGCUGGUGGGUGGGAAGAACACAGACAUCUGAGAGUGAAGCUGGUGAGCGAUCGCAGUCUGUCCUCUUGCAGUGCCCUCGGGGAAGGCAAAGUUGAGAUCGUGUAGUUGGUGGAAAUACUGCUCCUCUUCAGCCUGAAAAGCAAGGCUAACGUCAUUAAGGAUUUCUUUCUGACUGUUCCACAAAACCAAGGGCUGCUGUUUCUCUCGUCUUUGGACUCAAUUUGCACGCCUCCUCCUAGCACAGCUGAACUGGCUGAAUGAACUCCUGCACUCCUCUGGCCUUAGAAACAAUGACUUCCAUCAUCUCGAUGAGACUGCAGAGCAGUUUAAGGAUGAAAGGGCUUCUCAUUUCAUAUAUACCCCACUGCUGCUAGAAUUACAAAUCCUUGAUGGAGUUUAUAGCAAACUGCUACUGCAAGCAGGUGAAAUAUAUUCUGUGUUGUCAUAUGUAUGGUCAAACUGUUCAAGAAGCCACCAAAGAACUGAGCUUCUGAUGGGAAACCAAUCUCUUUCAAUUUUAUUGAAAAAUAAUAAAUACCUAUCAAAGAAAUGAA